AUGCCGCCCAAGAAGAAGGGUAACAAGGCCCGGGCCAACGACGACUGGGAGAACGAGCUCGGUGAGAGCAUCGCCCCCGCCGAUGGCGCUCCAGAGGCUGCUGCCGAAGCGCCAGCCGAAGAUGAAGAUGCGGGCGGCGCGGGAGGUUUGAUGGCCACCAUGCGCAAGAACAGAGAGAAGAGGAAGAAGAAGGGUAUUGAGGAGCCCGUCGAGCCCAUCCCUGAGCCCGAAGCUUCCCCCGAUCUCGCCGAGAAGGCUCCCGAAGAAGCCAAUAUGGACGACGAGUUCGCUCUGCCCGAGAAGAAGGGCAAGGGUGGCAAGGGUGGCAAGGGCAAGCAGGCCGCCCCUGCACCCGCUCCCCCGGCCGGCGAAGACGAUGAUACUUCUGGUCGUGUGUUGACCAAAGCUGAGAAGGAAAAGCUGAAGAAGGAGAGGGAGAAGCAGCGUAAGAAGGAGCAGGCUGCGAAGAAGAAGGGCGGCGCUCCAGCGAAGGCUGCCGAACCGGCCAAGGAGGCGGCUCCGGAGAAGAAGGACACCCCCGCGCCCGCCGCUGCUCCGGCCCCUGUCGAGGAGAAGGGUGGUAAGAAGAAGAAGAUCCCUGCUCAUCUGGCCAUGAUCCAGAAGCAGCAAGAGGAGCUGCGCCGCAAGCAAGAAGAAGAGACCCGUUUGGCUGAGGAAGAGAAGGCACGGAUUGCCGAAGAGGAAGCCCGCCUCGAGGAAGAGUCCAAACGCAGGGAAGAGGCCAAGGCCCUCAAGAAGCAGAAGGAGAAGGAGAAGAUCGAGCAGCUCAAGAAGGAGGGCAAAUUCUUGACCAAGGCACAGAAGGAGGAGAAGGCCCGCAAUGAGCGCAAGCUCCAACAAAUGCUUGCUGCCGGUAUCAAGGUCGGUCCCAGCGACGAGGGCGAGAAGAAGAAGAAGCCCGUCUACGAGAACAAGAAGAAGGGAGGUCGCAAGCAACAAAACCAGAUCGACGAGGAGAAGGCUCUCGCCGAGGCCGCCGAACGCGCGAGGCAGCAGGCAGAGCAGCUGGCCAAGGAGGCGGAGGAGAAGGCGGCGAAAGAAAAGGCCGAGGCCGAGGCCGCCGAGGCCAAGAAGAAGGCUGCCGAAGAAAGCGAGUUGGAGGACGAUUGGGAGGCCGCUGCUGCCGCCGAAGACGAUGAUGUCAAGGACAGCUGGGAUGCUGACACCGAAGAUGAGCAAGAGAAGAAGGAGGCGGCCAAGGCCAACGGAAAGGCCGGUGAGAAGUCUGCUCAGAAUGAAGACGAGGACGAUGAUGAGGACGAGGAGUCCGAAUCUGAGUCCGACUCUGAGGAUGAAAGAGAGUCCGCCGCCCGUCAAGCCGAACUUCAGCGCAAGAAGGAGGCUGCUGAGCGUCGUGAGAAGGCCCACCAGGCUGCUCUGGCUGCCAGAUCCAAGGACAACCUGCGGUCCCCUAUUUGCUGUAUUCUGGGUCACGUCGAUACUGGAAAGACAAAGCUUCUCGACAAGAUUCGUCAGACCAAUGUCCAGGAGGGCGAAGCAGGCGGUAUCACUCAGCAGAUUGGUGCGACUUACUUCCCCGUCGAGGCCAUCAAGCAGAAGACUGCCGUCGUCAACCCCAACGGCGAGUUCGAGUUCAAGGUCCCUGGUCUCCUCGUCAUCGACACACCCGGUCACGAGUCUUUCUCCAACUUGCGAUCGCGCGGUUCGUCUCUCUGUAACAUUGCCAUUCUCGUCGUCGACAUCAUGCACGGUCUCGAGCCCCAGACGCUGGAGUCCAUGAGAAUGCUGCGUGACAGGAAGACUCCCUUCGUCGUUGCGCUCAACAAGAUCGAUCGUCUCUACGGGUGGAAGAAGAUCGAUAACAACGGCUUCCAGGAGAGUUUGGCUCUCCAGCCUAAGAGCGUCCAGAACGAGUUCAAGAACCGUCUCGAGCAGACCAAGCUCGCCUUUGCCGAGCAGGGUUUCAACGCCGAGCUGUUCUACGAAAACAAGUCCAUGGCCAAGAACGUCUCCCUCAUCCCCACUUCUGCACACACCGGUGAGGGUAUCCCCGACAUGCUCAAGCUGAUUGUGCAUCUCACUCAGGAGCGUAUGGUUGGAUCUCUCAUGUACCUCUCCGAGGUUCAGGCCACUGUUCUCGAGGUCAAGGCCAUCGAGGGUUUCGGAAUGACCAUCGAUGUCAUCCUGUCCAACGGUAUCCUUCGCGAAGGUGACCGGAUAGUCUUGUGUGGUGUAGAAGGAGCCAUCGUCACAAAUAUUCGUGCGCUGCUGACGCCGGCACCACUGCGUGAGCUCCGUCUCAAGUCUGCUUACGUGCACAACAAGGAGGUCAAGGCUGCCUUGGGUGUCAAGAUCAGCGCUCCUGGUCUUGAAGGCGCCAUUGCUGGUUCUCGUAUGAUGGUUGUUGGCCCUGACGACGAUGAGGACGACCUCAUCGACGAGGUGGAGUCUGAUCUCGCCACUCUGUUUAGCAGAGUCGAGAAGACGGGCCGCGGUGUCAGUGUCCAGGCCUCUACCCUUGGUUCUCUCGAGGCCUUGCUCGACUUCCUCAAGGACUGCAAGAUCCCCGUCGCCAACGUUGGAAUCGGUCCGGUUUUCAAGCGUGAUGUUAUGCAAGCUGGCAUCAUGUUGGAGAAGGCCGCAGACUACGCCGUAAUGCUCUGCUUCGAUGUCAAGGUCGACAAGGAGGCGCAGUCUUACGCCGACGAGGUCGGAGUCAAGAUCUUCACUGCAGACAUCAUUUACCAUCUCUUUGACGCCUUCACGAAGCACAUGGCGGAUCUUUUGGAGAAGAAGAAGGAGGAGUCCAAGAUGUUGGCCGUCUUCCCUUGCGUCCUCAACACCGUUGCCGUCUUCAACAAGACAAACCCUAUUGUCGUCGGUGUUGACGUCGCGGAGGGUCAGUUGAAGGUCAACACCCCUAUUGCAGCCGUCAAAACGAAUGCGGUGACGGGUGUCAAGGAAGUCGUCAGCUUGGGCAGAGUUACUUCCAUCGAACGUGACCACAAGCAGAUUCCCGUCUGCAAGAAGGGCCAGCCUUCCGUGGCCGUCAAGAUCGAGAUGGGUGGCUCUCAGCCCACGUACGGCCGCCAGCUUGAAGAGGCUGACACUCUGUACUCUCUCAUCUCCCGUGCCUCCAUCGACACGCUCAAGGAGUUCUAUCGCAAGGAGGUUACCAACGACGAGUGGCAACUCAUCAUCAAGCUCAAGCCUCUCUUCGACAUCCAUUAA